CCCCCGUCCAGCCACGUGGGCCUGAAGGUGGGCUACCGCUUAUCCCAUAUAAGGUAUAAUGAGUAAUGAUCGACGGACUGAUUCUGAGCAACGUUCGCACGAGUUCUCCAAACGCUAUUCUAGCGCCGACGCCGAUAAAGCUCCAGAAACACGUAGUCAGCAGCAUGACCACGCCCACUAUGAUAUCUUCUACAUCUUACAGUUCCCCUAACUCCACAACAUCUACCACCUCCACCAACAGUAGCAACCCCUCCCCAACCAUCGACUGGACUCACGAGAGGAUAAUAGGCUUGAUAAAGCUGUACGAGAAGAAAUCCGUCCUCUGGAAUCCCAGUAAUCCGGAGUAUUUUCAUAGGGAUAUCCGGAACAUGGUGUAUGAUGAUCUGGUCCGGGAACUCAACAUUCCUGAUCUCACUGUUAACGAAACGAAGAGAAAACUGGAGAAUUUACGAAGCUACUUCCGAAGAGAGACAAAAAAGUUGCAAGACCACGAGAGGAAAACAAACGAGAAGCUCCAGUCGAGAUGGCCUUAUUACGAGAGUCUGCAGUUCAUCCACGAGUUCAUGAGUGUUAAGAAUGAGAGUGGUGCUGAGCUGGGGUUCGCAAAGAACAUGUCUGCCAGAAACUCCUCCUCCUACCACCUCCCCACUAUGAAGAGAGAGCACGUGACCGAGGAGUGUGCCGUUCAGGUUCCCAUGGGUAGCACUUCAGGAACUCUGGACGCUAGUGCUUUCCAUCUGGCUAACAACGCUGACCUAGUCGCAGUUCUCAAGGCUCUUCAGGGGCCCCUAGCAGAAACCGCGGCCUCCUGUUUUGGGAUAACACCAGAUAUAAGCGAUCAGAACAGCAAUGCUAACGGACUAGUUCACCAGAUGAACGGAGUUAAUCACUCCUCUCCGCACUGUAGUCCUAACAACACUACCAGUCCUAGGGGUGACAACAGUGAACAAGGCCGCUCCGAAACACCAGUGGCUCCUCUCUUGCCCCAAAACUUGGCCAUCCCCGGCAAAUCCGACUGUGACAGCCCUGGAGAUGUGUGUAAGAAGAGGAAGCUGUGUGAACGACAGUCCUCCAGCAGGUCAACUGAGGAGGCGGACCUUUGCGGGGACUACGGACGAACUGUCGCUUAUCAGCUCAGACAGAUGCCCACAUACGAUAGGGAUCUGUGUAGAUUACAGAUUGACCAGUUGAUUUUCAAUAUCAUCCACAAAGAAAAGAAAGAAGUAUCCAACGGUAGUAGUGAGACUAAGGAGUCAACCCCACCACCCACUAAAACUCAAAGCUAAACCGCUUCAUUACCCUCUGGUGAACAUUGAUGACGUCAUCAAAAAUCACGUGACUUCAUCACACCCCACGUGACGUCAUCAAAUGAGAACCAGCUCUGUUGAAGUAAGAUUUGCUUGAGGUUGAAGAAACGAUGUUUGAAGAAACGAUGUUUGAAGAGUUAGAUAGUGCCCGGGUGGCGAUUCUUUGCUAGACUCCCUUUGAACUCUGUAGGACUUUCAAUAGAAAUUUAGGAAUUGUUAGUGUCACGCACAAAAAUCUGAUACCCUAAAUUUCGAGCACAUAUCCGGGCCGAUGUUCAUGUAAAUUGUGCUGGUAUUAUUUUAUGUCAGCAAUACUGUCUAAGAUUAAGAAUACUAGGAAAGGCUUGUACCUGCUGAAAAAUAAUCGCCUGUUGAAAGAGGAGCUCGAAAUUUCGGGGCUGCAGAUUUGUUUGUGCAUUAGGUGUAGAAAGACCAGUUUUGUAGUAUUUUAAAGCUGGUGCAAACUCGAACGUUAUCUUUGUAGUAGGACAGAAGUAAUGACGAGGUCAGAGCAGGUGCUACAACAUCAAACAUAUUGCGUAUUUUUAUCAAUGUCAGAUUUGUUUCAUGAUAUCGUGUGCAAUGUUUAUUUUGGUAAAAUGUUAAGUUUUUUUGCGCACGUAACCCUUAUUUAAUUUUCGAUAUUGGCAGAUUUUUGCUUGGCAUGGAGAUUGUGUUUUCUAUAACAGAAACUAUUCAAACAGUUUAAUUUAUUUUCAAGGGAAUGACAUUUUAACGUUAUUCAUUGAAAUUAUUGCAUUCAAUUUGAUCAGAAUUCAAACUUUAUUGAUUAAGUUUCUUCGAAUAUUUAUUAAUUAUUUAACUUGAAAAUUAUUUAUUUGCACACUAUUCCCGUAAUGGGCUCUCUUUAUUUUCUCUUGCAUGGACUAAAUGUACUAACGCAGCUAUCUUUGUACAUUCUAAUGUGCCUAGUGAUAGACUGGUAGAUUAUGCCAUUUUUCAAUGUGUUUAUCUCUGUAGUUUACCGCGAUCUCGUGUAUUGACUGUAGUAUUUUAACUUCGAUCGGCAUAUUUGUCUAACAAA